CGACACCCCAACGGCAACCUCAGAUACGAGUACUCCCCUCCUAUCAAGCACCAAGCUUGUCUUGGUCAAAACCUCCCCCAAUCAUUUGUUGAGCAAAUACCAUACCACUCACUAUAAUGAGAUACUUCACGCCAGCCCUCCUGCUCGCCUCGGCCCUCCUCGUCGGCAUCAACGGUGCCCCGGCGGGGACGGAUGUUGUCCAACGGGACUUGGGCGAGCUUGGUGCUCAGGCCGACGUGCCUCAGAUUAAUGCCCCCGUUGCUGUCGCCGCUGUUGAACAGCCCGAGACCGCGCUAGCCGCUGGUCCCGAUGAGCCUCACAUCAAGGAGCGCCAGAUUCUCAAGAAACUCGCUAAGCUCCUCGGCAAGAAAAAGAAGAAGAAGAAGAAGAAGAAGGCGAAGGCGGCCAAGGCGAAGGCGAAGGCGAAGGCGAAGGUCAACACUCCACCUCCGGCCAAGGUCCAACCACCUCCGGCCAAGGUCACGCCGCCCAACGCGCCCGCCGCCGUCCCGCCUCCUCCCGCUGCCCCUGCUGCUACUCCCGUCAAACCUCCCGCCGGCGCGCCCAAACCACCUGCUGCGAAUCCGAAGAAGGCCGGCGCCGCCGCUGGAGCUGGAGCUGCUGCAGCUGGAGGAAAUGCCGCUGGUGCUGCCAAAGUUUGAGUCAGCAAUCGUUCGGAGAUAGCGAACACACGGGACAAUUCAAUCGACAGAC